AUGAUGUUUCCACGCACCAUUCAGACCUCCAGCUCCAGGACCUCCAGCUCCGGUUCCUCUGCGCCGGCCGCCCCCGUCCCCGCCCCUGCCACGUUCACUCCCUCUAGAAUCCCCGGUGGAACCUUCAUCCCCGGUGAAACACGGGCCACCCGCUCAGCCCGCUCCACACAGCUCUCCCUCCAGGCGCACACAGCCCGCAUCGACCUCACUCCCCGCGCCCUUACCUCAGCCCGCUCCAGCCAGCUCUCCCUCCACGCACACACAGCCCGCGUCGACCUCGCUCCCCGCGCCCUUACCACUCUCACCGUGAACCUUCCCACCUUCACCCUCCCUCCCAACACCACAAGACACCCCGUCCACGGCUUCCGCCCCGUCAAUUCCACCACCUCCGCCGGCUUCCACUCACCGGCCUUUGGCGCCUUCGUCGAGUGCACGUCGCGCCUCGCGCUCGAGCAGAACAGAGCGCGGCAGCGGCUAGUUAUCGAGCCUUGGCUUAGUAGGCGGGCCUGGACGAGGAAGGCGGCGGAGUUGACUGUGCAGAAGGGGUUGCCACCCGGCGCGGACUUGGGCUGGUUUGAAGAGGCCGUGAAAGUCGUCCCUGACGACGGCGAGGAGGAGAAAGGAGAGCAUCGUAUCGCCAUCAAGAAGGCGCCUGACGGCUUCCAGCCCAGGACCGGCCCGGGCCCUUCGAUCGUUGCGCGCGGGAGAGGGUUCGAUAGUUUCUACUACCGCAACCGCGCUGGGAACGUCAUGCUCGUCCUCGACAGCCGGCGCGAGGGUCUAUCGAGGGUGGAGAUUGGCCUUCUGAACUGGAUUGUGGAGUACGUGCGCACGCACUCGUGGGAGGUGCUCAUCCGCGAUCAGUGGGAUGAUGUGUGCGUGGCGCUGUGGCGCGAGAGGAACGUGGAUAUGAGUGUGAGGGAGAUGAGGGGGAAGUGGUCGUUCUUUUGGGACUGGGUGGUGAGGUGGAGGGGGAGGGUGUAUGCCGGGAGGUUUGUGCAGAGGGCCGAGGGUAUGUAG